CCCCUUUCGUCACUCGCUUGGUUUCUUUCUAUUCUAGUCUAGUCUUCCUCAACAACAAAAGCGACACUUCUGUGAGAAGCUGCAGGAGCACGGAGGGAGAGAGAGAGAGAGAAAUGGAAAGCAGCGAGGAAGAGGACGACUUCCCAUCGAUCGAAAGCAUCAUUCCUCAGUCGAAGAUCGAUUCCGUUCAUCAGUCGCUCACCGAAAAGGGAAUUAGAAAGCUGUGCUGUGAGCUCUUGGAUUUGAAGGAUGCGGUGGAAAAUUUGUGUGGCGAUAUGCGAACAAAGUAUCUGGCUUUCUUGAGAAUAUCUGAAGAAGCUGUGGAGAUGGAGCAUGAGUUGGUUGAGCUACGGAAACAUAUUUCUGCUCAGGGGUUCCUUGUUCAGGAUCUGAUGACUGGAGUGUGCCGUGAAAUGGAUGAUUGGAACCGAUCUACUGACGGUGCAGAUGAAGUUCAGCAAUCUAUCUCUAUCCUCAUGUGGACCGCUGUGUAA